AUGUCUCCGGAGAACAGCGAUGUCGGGCAAGAAACCGUGACCCGCCCUGAGGCCGAAGAGCCGACGAAAGACGAUAGCAGAAGCAGCAGCAGCGGUGGCAGCAACCACAAUCAUGACGCACCGCAGAGCUCGACAGGGGCUGGUCAGACUAAAUGCUCCAUCUGCCAAAGCAGCUUUCGAAGGCCAGAGCACUUAAAGCGCCACUUUCGCAGUCACACAAAGGAGAAGCCGUUCGAGUGUGCGCAGUGUGGCCGACAUUUCUCCAGAACGGAUACUCUUCAUCGUCACGAACUCAGUCAUCAUAAUGCUGGAAUGGAAGGGGGAAAGGAUCGUACGCACCGCAUCACCGUCAAAACCUUCCGUGCUUGCUAUAAAUGCGCCAUAGCAAGGUAUCCGACCGAGAGACGAUCGAAAGCGAAAACGCGUAAGGAGACUCAGCCCUCUUUUACAAAAGACGACACAUCGUACGACCAAGCUUCUCAUUUGGCUCAGCCCACAUGGACAAAUGGCAUCGACUUGCGUCCUUCACGCAAUGGAGAACAAUCGAUGCCGCCGCCCUUUCAUUACCAGAUGACACAGUUUCAGCUACAGAUGCCCAUGUCGAAUGCAUCAAACGCAGUCUCAUCUAAGUUGUCCGCAGAUCACAACAAUAUAGAACCGGAAAACAGGCGUUCGGAUGAGACCAGGAUAAAUGGGCAAACUUCCAGCGCCGAAGACAAUUUUACUUGCUCAUCCUUGCACGAUUCUACUAGAGAGCUCAAGAAGAUGCGGGUCCCUUCUGUGCAAUAUGGUGACGCGGGAACACAAGGGUUAUACUCACAAAUCGCAACAUCGACUGAAGACAUGACAGAACCCCCUCACCGAACUGAGGGGCUCCAGUCCGCCAAAAGCUCUAAUAGUAUAGCGAUGAUGCCAACAGUGGGAAGUCAGCAGGUACCAAUGGAACUAAUACAGCCUUUACUGGAUCAGACCACUGCUCCUACAAUCAACUGGUUGCCUCAGAACCUUGGUAAUGCGUCUAGCAACCGCCGUCAUUCGACAAAUACCUACCAAAAGACCCCCAGAAUUCUAGAUACCUCCCUUAAUCAAGCUUCGUGGUAUCCAUCCGCCAUACAUGGUGCUGAUAGUAGCUCAUUGGUGUCAGAAAAUGUCUCUCAGACACCAUCUGGGUACACGUCUCUAGGUGGUACCACUGAAAGCCCAAGCCAAUCACAUCUGAACCGGCGUGCUAGAAAUCACUCAGUGGAUGGUGCUAUUCCGAACUCAUCGAGCUCUAGACUGAAUCAGGAUUCUUGGUCUUUAUUAUGUGCCGCUUCCGCGGAUGCGUCGUUACAGCUGCAGCAAGCGAAUACCCGGCGUCAAUACUUGUUCCCUCAAUUUCCAGAGACGAGGGGUCAUGCCACGAACGAAAUUGAGAAUGGCCAUCACCACGUACUUGAACCAUCGACAUAUGAGAGGAUACGCAGUGCAUUCAAUCAAUUGUGCUGCGUGGAGAGUAUACUGUAUCCAAAGUUUGAAACCGAUCACUUACCUGGUGCGGAGACACUGUCAAGCUUUAUUAAUUUAUACUUUGUGCAUUUUCAGCCUGUUUACCCAAUAUUUCACACUCCUACGUUCGAUAUAAACAAGUGCCAUUGGAUAGUGGUGCUAGCUCUGUCGGCCGUUGGUAGCCAUUUUGCUGGUUCCCAAGAACAGAUUGAGUGCGCACCGGUGUUUCAUGAGUUUCUUAGACGCGCUACGAAUGUUGAGGAAGAAAAGUAUCUUGUCGAUCGGGCACCCGUGUGGCUUCUUCAAGCAUCAGUACUCAACUGCGUUGGAAUACUCUACAGUUGUGAUGAACGGGCUAGGCUUUUGGCACUCAACACCUUUGGCAACUUGGUAGGCUUUGUGACCCGCGAGAAACUUCUUGGUCACAGACCUAUACAAUCCUCAAACGGGGAGACGAAAGAGCUGCGCUGGGUAUCCUGGGUCGACGAUGAGAUCAGAAGACGGACAGGCUACCUGAUAUGGCUUCUCGACUGCACCAUAGCAUACCAUUUUGACAAGCGUCCUCUGCUCUCUCUUGACGAGAGCCAAGCAACACUGCCUUCCCAUGAAGCUCUUUGGGAGGCAGAAUCUCCAGAGGCCUGGGAAGAAGUACGGAGAGGAAUAUCAGACCAGAAAGAAUCCUCCCUUUACGAUGCAGUCCUUGUGAUGUACAUCGAGAAGGAGCUAGUACCUGAUCUCGGUGAAUUCAGCCAGCUUCUUCUCAUUCACGCGUUAUAUCACCGUAUGUGGGAGGUGGGAGACUACUUCCGCCGCCCCUUGUCCUUCUGGAAUCCAACCUCGAAAAAGCAGUCACGGCAUUCCGCACUCCCAUCUGGCUCUGUAUGGCUGCCCGGUAUACCAUCGUAUUCCAAAUGGCGCAACAGUGCAUGUGACUGCCUCGAUAUACUCCAUUGGGCUGCUGGCAGCACAGUAGCCAGGUCCGCUGGCCUCGAACAUCCCACAAUCUUGCAUCUCCAUCUGGCUCGCAUAAUCCUCCUUGCCCCAUUUCGUGAAAUACGGACACUCGCAACAUCUUUAGCAAUGGAAGAGUCCCACUGGCAUGAACGCGAACAGGCCCUUGAAUGGCACUACAUACUACGCUGGGUCAAACAUGACCAGUAUAAGGCCCGCCUGGCAGUUGUACACGCAGGUGCACUGCUAAGACAUGCCCGCGAUUUUUCAAGCCGUUCGUUCCAUGAGCCUGUCGCAGUCUUCCUGGCAACCCUAGUUCUAUGGGCGUAUGGCGCAUGCUACCCCUCACUAUCUGACAUGACGAGCUGCCGUGAAGCAGGACACGGCAUGCCAGGAAAACCUCUGUUUAUUCAUCUCGAUAGACCCUGCGAUGAUGAACUAGCCCAACUCUUCGUGCGCGAAGGCCAUGGCAUGAAAGCGGUUCUGACCGGUGUUGGGGAUAUAUGUGCUCCGAAAGGACCAGCGGAGACCCUCAAAGCUGGUUGUCUUAUACUUGCUGGUCUUUCGUCGUGGGGAAUAUCCAAGCGAUUCACCGCGAUCUUGGGCAAGCUUUCUGAGAUAACAUCCAAGUCGUAG